CCCCCCCCCCCCGCCCCAGGCCUGUGGGAAGAGACAUAUCUGGUACUCCUGAUGGGCCAGGCCAGUCUCUCGGCCCAGCUCCCCCGAGAGGCGGCCGGAUCCUCUGGGCUGCUCGGUAGAUGCCUUUGCCCCUGACUCCCAGGCAUGAGGUGGUUCCUGCCCUGGACGCUGGUGGCAGUGACAGCAGCAGCCGCGGGCAGCGCCCUGGCCACGGCCUUCUCUCCAGCCCCCACGGCCAUGGCCUUCACCCCAGUGCCACUGGAGGAUACAUCUUCACACCCCCAGUUCUGCAAGUGGCCAUGUGAGUGCCCGCCGUCCCCACCCCGCUGCCCGCUGGGGGUCAGCCUCAUCACAGACGGCUGUGAAUGCUGUAAAAUGUGUGCUCAGCAGCUUGGGGACAACUGCACAGAGGCAGCCAUCUGUGACCCCCACCGGGGCCUCUACUGCGAUUACAGUGGGGACCGCCCGAGGUACGCAAUAGGAGUGUGUGCACAGGUGGUCGGCGUGGGCUGCGUCCUGGACGGGGUGCGCUACACCAACGGCCAGUCCUUCCAGCCCAACUGCAAGUACAACUGUACGUGUGUGGACGGCGCCGUGGGCUGCACACCCCUGUGCGUGCGCGCGCGCCCCCCGCGCCUCUGGUGCCGCCGCCCCCGGCGGGUGAGCGUGCCCGGCCGCUGCUGCCAGCAGUGGGUGUGUGACGACGGUGCCACGACGCCACGCAAGACAGCGCAGCGCCACACAGGCGCCCUAGCGGCCACGGGUGAGGUGGAGCCGUGGCACAGGAACUGCAUAGCCUACACGAGCCCCUGGAGCCCUUGUUCCACCAGCUGCGGCCUGGGGGUCUCCACUCGUAUCUCCAACGUCAACACCCGGUGCUGGCCCGAGCAGGAAAGCCGCCUCUGCACCCUGCGACCCUGCGACGUGGACAUCCGUCCACACAUCAAGGAAGGGAAGAAGUGUUUGGCUGUGUACCAGCCCGCGGCAUCCAUGAACUUCACCCUCGCCGGCUGCACCAGCACGCGUCCCUACCGGCCAAAGUACUGUGGGGUGUGCACAGACAGCAGGUGCUGCAUACCCUACAAGUCCAAGACCAUCGACGUCUCCUUCCAAUGUCCCGACGGGCCUGGCUUCUCCCGCCAGGUCCUAUGGAUCAACGCUUGCUUCUGCAACCUGAGUUGUAGGAAUCCCAACGAUAUCUUUGCCGACUUAGAAUCCUACCCUGACUUCCCAGAAAUUGCCAAUUAGACGGGUACAAAACACGGGGCUCGGGCGUGGCCCAGUGUGUGCAAAGCAGCCAGCCCUCCGAGGCCCCCAGUUGAGCCUUCUUCGUCCACUUCCCGCUGACUUCUAACUAUCCUGAUCCAGACCGUCAGCCCCCUGUCCUGUUUCCAACCACCCGAACGACCCAUUCCGCUGCUGCUCGGGCCCAGACUCUGACUUCUCUCCUUGGCCGUGUUCUGCAUACGCUCCAGACAAAGUGCCUGUCUCCAGCUCUUCUGGACAAAACCCAAGCCUGUCCAAGUCACUGGAAGUCCUGCUGGAUCUUACCUGAGUUCCAAGGAACAGAAUCAGCUAGGCAUUUCACGUCGCUCCUUCCCUUUCUAGAUGCCAAACCACAAGACUCUUUGGGUCCGUUCACAAGCACAGAUGGGAUCUAGGACAAUGGAACAGUCUAUUAUGUGGGUCCUGCCACGUGGACGCUGAUAGACAGUUCUGACCGUAGCACACCCAAGUGUCUCUGAUUCCGAAGAUUUGGGCUAAGUCUCUCCUCAUCCCUGCACGGUAAAGGGUCCACACUGGUUCGUUUUGGUCAGAAAUGCAAUUUGAUGACUUUCAUUCUUAUUCACGGGAAAAGUCUCCAGUCAAUACUCUGGGGUCAGAACAGGGUCGGCCAAUUUUCAGAAGUGACGGACCCUGGCGUGAAUCUGCUGCUGACCAGCAGGACACCGGGCAGCUGGCCAGCUCUUCUGGGCAUCCAGACCCUCUCCCUGCUUGGGGGCUCUUGGGAGUUGGGGGAGCCCUUAGGAUGGCCCCUCUGACCCCUGAGAGUGGCAUCCCGGGACGUUGCUCUGCUCUUACGGGGCCUUGGGAGACCCCGCUGAAGUCCGGGCCGGACCCGCCUAAAGUAACGGAGACAGCUACAGGCUGUAUGUGGCUCAAACCACGAAGCGGAUCCAAUCUGCAUCAGUCUGGGGCACAAGGACACCACUCUUUCUGCUGCAGUGACCCUUCUCACAGACUUCGGGUCUGCUGACCCAAACCCCCAGUCCUGGUGUGAAGACAGGUUUACCAGUUGUCUAGAAACGGAAAUAUAUUUAACAGGGACUAAAUGCCAAAGUGGGUUGAAGCUUAAAAGGAACAGAAGGUGGUUAUGAAUGGAAAUGAGACUAUUAUUUAUCUUGUUGGCAGAAUAUAAAUAUUUACUGUCACAAUUCUUUUAUUUACUACCUUCUGUUUGCCGGAUAUUGUUCCCAGUGCUCUGCAUGCAUCGGCUCGUGGGGAGACUUGGCAAUCGUGUUGGCAAGGGCCUAUUAUUCUUCCUGUUCUUACAAAUGUGAAAUAGCAGCUCAGCAAGGUACGGAGCUUUGACCGAAGUCAGCCGGCGGGUACGUGGGGAAGUCAGGAUUCAAAUCCAAGUCGGAUGGACUUUACGACCCGUGUCUCUGCCCUUUUUUUUUUUUUAAUUUUUUUUUUCAACAUUUAUUUAUUUUUGGGACAGAGAGAGACAGAGCAUGAACGGGGGAGGGGCAGAGAGAGAGGGAGACACAGAAUCGGAAACAGGCUCCAGGCUCUGAGCCAUCAGCCCAGAGCCUGACGCGGGGCUCGAACUCCCGGACCGCGAGAUCGUGACCUGGCUGAAGUCGGACGCUUAACCGACUGAGCCACCCAGGCGCCCCUCUGCCCUUACUUUUUUAGAGCUCCCAAGCGGGUCGAGCAGGAAAACACGUCAGAGUAACCGACUUCCUGCCCUUGUUUUUUCACUCUUUUUACUGCCUCUAGCUCCUUUCCCAAGAGAAGCGUAUCUCGCUUCCAGGUAAUGUAGGUGCCUGAGCAUCCAAAAAAAAAAAAAAAAAAAAAAAUACGGGAUGGACAAAACUCCAUGAAUCGGUCCUCCCCUCCUUCAGAUCAGGAGCCAGCCUUCAUCAUGAAUUUAAGAGAUGGUUUUGUUUAUCCAAUGCUUCGGAUGAGAGAUGUGCGGGCUAUUCCUGAGGGAAUUCGGUGUUGGUGGGCCAGGGGUUCUGAAAUAGGAAAAAAGGACUGGAAAUAUGCCUUCCUGACCAUGACCUCCCCCACGCCUGGUCCAUACAAGGCAUACAGUGGUCCUCAAUAUAUAUUUGUGGAAUAAAAGACACCACGUAUGUGUUCCUACUUUUACUCAGAGGCUCUCUUCUUCCAAAGGUACAGAUCUUAUCAGCCAAAUCUUAUUUGAAGUGCCCUAGGAAGGAGACGCUGGAUAUUUAAACAAAUGUCUUUUUUUUUUUGUUGAAAAAGACAUUUUGUGUGAAGAGCAUUUACCCCAGGAAUAAGCUCUUCUCUAAGCCUGUGUGGAUCUACGUUGGAUUUUCUCAGAGUGAAAUCACCUGAGGUCUACAAAUCACAAGGACCGGAUGACGGCUAACCGCGUUUGAAAUUCAGCAGAAAUCCAAGAGCUAGGUUCUUCCUGACUCUGCAUCCCAGUUUGGAAAAAUGAGCAUAGCUUCCAAGAUCCUAGGAAACCUGGAUGGAGGAAUCCGGGAGUGCCCUGGGGCCAAGUGGGCUGGGGUAACUCCAGUUACAUUGGUUUUGAGAAACGGACGUGUCCUAGGCAGGCCCCCCUGGGAAAAGUCUCAGCUCCAUGUUCUGAAGUCAUGGGGAAGGAGAUUUGGGACCAAUGCAAGGAAAACCUUUCCAGCAGUCAGAUUCAUUCGGCAGUGGUGUGACCGACCUCAAUAAAAGUUAGGAAUAUUAGUCACAAAGAAAAAAUGUCCCUUUUUUGAAGGCCUCCUUGGUGCCACCCACUUUGCUUAAAUUAUCUUGCUAACAUUCACGACGUUUGGAAGGAAGCUUCUCGUCCCCGUUUCUACACGUGGAAAGUUUGAGACUCACAGAGGCUGAGAAAUCAGCCAAAACAAAUUGGAGCCCAAAUUCCAGCUUAUUCCCCUCGGCCUGGCUCUUGGGGAAGCCUCCAGGAAGAGCACGAAUGACCCCCAGAAGAGCAUCUCAUUGGCAAGGCCAUCCAGUAGACAAGACAGAUGGUGUCUCCAGUCCUUUGUUACUCCGUGUUCUGGGAUAAGGGGAAGGUACACGAAGGAUUUGUUAGCCUUUGGUGAAGAAAUUCACAUUAGCGCCUCAAGUGAAUUUCUCUGGUGUGCUUAGGUGGAGAGAGGAAACCCGUAUUCUCAAACCACCACUUCUUCCUAAACCUUAUUGUCAACACUUGGCGAGCACUUACUGAGUGCCAGGCCUGGGCUAGGUGCUUUCCUGCUAUAUCUUUCUUAGUCCUCAUAGCAAACCUAUGAGACUUGGCGUUAUAAUCGUUUUCCGCGUCAGAGAGAAGACGCUGGGGCUCAUAGAUGUUACGUCCUCUGCUCAGUGUCUUACUAGCUAGGGAACUGCAGACCGGGAUUGCCAACCAAGGUCAGUCUGACCCCUGAGCCACCUCUCCUGACCCGAAGCCCGGUGCACAUGCCCCCGAGAUCAAAAGGUACCAAGAGGUGCUUUACUGACAACAGGGCCGUGUCUGGACAAUGUUAAUUUCAAGGUGAUUCAGAGAGGGAGUCAAGCAAGUAGGUUUGAAUGAUACAGUUGUCUAUAAUCUCAUUAACAUUGUGCUGUGUGUACAUAGAGAUCAUGGGGAAGCAACGAAACCCCUGACCAUUCUAUUGAAUUAAGUCACUGCUUUUUAAAGACUUAUCUUGCUGUAAAGCAACUCCAAUAAUAAGCCUGCACAGCUUGGGACUCACGAAUGGUCAGAAUGGUCAACUGUGUAUCUGUGCACAUAUACGUGUGUGUGUGUGUGUGUGUGUGUGUUUAUAUCUAUUUUCAAACUGUGACUUCGUAUUUAAGUAUUCCUACCGCCAUUUUUGCAAGUGACUAAGAAAUACAAAUGAAGGAACGUUUUGGAAUUUCCCAAUAGAGGAAAAAAAGAGCACUUGGGCGAUCUGUCAUGUUUUGCAACAUUCCUCAUUUUUCUCCUGAUUUGUGUAACGUGGAACAUGUUUGUUCAAUGUGAAGGAUUUUCGGUGCGCAAAUUCCCCGUUUAUGCUUCUGUCCUUAAGGCAAUAAAUCAUCAGCAAAAUGA